UUAUAGGAUUUUGCUGUAGUGGAAGCGAGAUACUAAAAAACACGGAGUAUUGGAGGGUUAACGUUUAGUCUCUUGGUACUGUUAUUUAUUCUUCACGAUUUUUUUUUCUCACAGUAAUCAGUAAUCAGUAGCAUAGUGUUUUUCUAUAUUAUUAUAGUACUAAACUAUUGAUGAAUAAAUGAACUUAAAUAGUUCUAAAAUAAAUUUAAUUAAAAGAAUUGAGUUUCAAGUAUUCGUUGUCGUUAAACAAUAUGGAAAUUUCAUGUUAUUCCCGUUCCCAAAAGCAUCGAGUAAUUUAUAAAUGGGAAAUUGAUGAAAUAAUACCAUUUAUCGAGUUUACUGAAGACGAUGAAGAGACGACAAUGCUUAUCUCAUCUAACUUUACCACAAAUGGCAGGACAAAAAAUUCAUGGAAUUUGCAACUAUCAAGAAACGAAAAUAUUAAAGGGGAAGGAAAGAAUCAGAUAAAUCAUAAGGAGUGGAUGUCACUAUAUUUGCAUCUAAAUAAUGGGAAAGGAAAAGUAAGAGCAAGCAGUUCUAUAUUUCUUUCAGACAAGAAAAACGAAAGGAAAUUUAUUACUACUUUCUAUAAAACAUACGAAUCCACUGGCGGUUGGGGAAUUGAAAAAUUUCUUUACAUAAAACAGUUACUGGCAAACAAAGAUGAUUUUUUACCAAAUAAUACCUUAACUGUAGGUAUUGAACUAACGGUUUACGAAGAUUAUCAAACAUUUCCUACUAAACUCCUGUUGGAAUCACCACAGCGUAAAGUAACUGAUGACCUUAAAGAACUCUAUGACAGUAAGGUAAACAGUGACGUUAUUUUCAUUGUGGGUGAUGAAAAAUUUAAAGCUCACAAGAUCAUACUGUCAGCUCGCAGUCCUGUUUUCUUUGCGAUGUUCACCCAUGAUAUGAAGGAAAAGAGAGACAACGAAGUUGCAAUACCUGAUAUAAAACCUGAAAUUUUCAAUAAAAUGUUGAAGUUUAUAUAUACCGACGAAAUAGAUAAUUUGAAUGCGGAUGCUGCGUAUUUAUUAGAAGCUGCAGAUAAAUAUCAAUUGCUAAAUCUGAAAAGUUUAUGCGAAGAAUCGUUAUCUAAGUCGGCCAGUAUUGAUAAUGCAAUUAAACUGAUGAUUUUAGCAGAUCUGCAUAAUGCUAAUCAAUUACUGGAGUUUAUUUUUGAAUUUAUGAUAAAAAAUAUCGAAGAUGUCAUUGAAACUCCAGAGUAUAAAGUAUUGGAAGAAACUAAACCACUCCUAUUUUCGAAAUUAAUAAAAAUAUUAUUCACUUCAAUAAAGAUUAACGCUCCAACAGAUAAAAAAUAAUUGGGAUAUUGUACACAAAGUACUCAGUCAAUUAGAGAACUGCAUAAGUCGAAUAUUUACUUAAAAUAUUUGGAUUGUUUGAUUUAAAAACGGUUCAUACUUAUUUUGUCAAUAAUAAUAAUGUUAUGUUUAUAAAUUAAGAUUUAAAUACAUUAGAUAGUUGCUGUAUCUAAGUAUACUAUAGUUAAAUUACAAAU